AUGAAAUGGAAAACUUUUUGGAUCUUGAUCAGCACUGCACUCGAAUAUUCUCUUCUCCUUCCAUGGUAUCUGGGUGUGAUAUUUCAUUAUUAUUUAGUACAAUAUUUUAAACCUUAUUAUUUGAGAGAUGUUCAAUAUGGUGAAAAUGAAAGAAAUGAUUUGAAUAUUUAUUAUCAGAAACAUCAUCAUGACAAAAUGAGAAGAAUGAAUGAUCCGAUCAUCACUCAUUCUAGUAAUAAUAUUUUAAAUAAUAAUACUUCCAAUAAUAAUAAUAUGUUAAAUAAUUCCAAUAAUAAUAAUAUGUUAAAUAAUAAUACUUCCAAUAAUAAUCAUCAAAAUACUACUAAUACCAAUUCUAAAACACAAGUUCUAUUAUUUAUUCAUGGUGGUGCAUGGAAUAGUGGUGAUAAAUUACUCUAUCAUAAUCUUGGAUGUACAUUGAGAGAUUAUUUGAAUGAUCAUAUUCUUGUGAUUUGUAAUUAUCGAAAGUAUUCAAAAAAAAAGAAAGAUGAGACAACAAUAGAUCACAGUACAAGUUCCAUUUCUACUGCUACAAAUUCCAUUUCUACAACGAGUGGUGCCACUUCUGAAAGUCUCUCUAGUAAUAGUAGUUGUAGAUAUGGAACUUUGGAUCACAUGUAUGACAUUGAAGAUCAAUUACAAGAUGUAGAAAAGUGUAUUGAAUGGAUUCAUUCAACACCUCUAUUCAAACCACCUCCUAUCAAUGGUGAUCAUCAUUGGAUAGAUUUAUCCAUUUGUGGUCACUCCUCAGGUGCACAUCUUUCACUCACCUCUCUUCUCAGAAAACCAUCAUUGGCUCAAUAUGUGAAUCGAGUCAUUCUAUUGGCAGGUGUUUAUGAUUUAGAAAAACAAUAUCAGAGAGAAAUUGAGAGAGGUGUUGAGAAAUGGAGUGGAUUGUAUCGAGUAAUGAGAGGAGAUUUGAUCAAAUAUUCACCUUAUCACAUGUUGAUACGAUCGUACAAUAAUACAAAGAAGAAGAAUAUUAUUACUAGUAAUAGUGGUGGUGAUAGAAAUAGUAGUAAUAGUAGUAGUAGUGGUGAUAGUAGUAGUAGUAGUAGUAGUAGAAUGGAUCCUUCCUCGAAGUUCAACAAUAGUAGUGAUGACGAUGGUAAUGAAAAAGACACUACCAUCCAAUCAUCCUCACACCAAUCCUCACACUCUCAACAACAUUCACUCUUGCAUUCUCUUUUUCAAUAUAAUCCCAAUAUAAAAUUUCAUAUUGUGAAUGGUGGACAAGACACGACAGUAUUACCAGAAUAUGGAAAUGAAUUUAUUUCACAUAUGAGUGUCAUUAACACAACAAGCAAUCAUUCACCACCACCAACCUUGACAACAACAACACGACCAUCCUCACCACCAUUAUCACCAUUAUUAUUUCAUGUGAAACAUUUUGAAAAUUUCAAUCAUUCAGAUUUUGUCAAAUUGUUUAUGGGAAUUCUCAGCAAUACAAAAGAAUGUCUUGAAAAGAAACAAGAAUUACUUUCAUAUCUCAAGUAUGAUGUACUUGGAUACCAAGAUUUGAAGAGUCAUCAUCGUCGACAAUGA